AGCUCACACUCUAUCACCAUCCUCCCUUCCUUCCAUGGCAACCACCGAAGCAGAAGAAGCAGCCAAAAGGGUCCAAUACCCCCUGGACUCUUCCUCCUACAAGCUACUCAACGAGAUCGGUGCCGGCGUGAGUGCCGUCGUCUACAAAGCACUGUGCAUCCCCAUGAACUCCACCGCCGUAGCAAUCAAAUCCAUAGACCUUGACCGUUCCCGGCUCGACUUGGACGAUGUUCGGCGCGAAGCCAAGACCCUAUCCCUCCUUUCUCACCCUAACAUUCUCAAAGCACACUGUUCCUUCACUGUUGACCGCCGCCUCUGGGUGGUGAUGCCAUUCAUGGCUGCAGGAUCACUGCAAUCCAUCAUCUCUCACUCCUUCCCCAACGGCCUAAUCGAACCCUGCAUUGCAGUAGUUCUCAAAGAUUCCCUCAACGCACUCUCUUACCUCCACGCUCAGGGCCAUCUGCACAGAGACAUAAAAGCUGGCAACAUUCUCGUUGACUCAAACGGCCAAGUCAAGCUUGCAGAUUUUGGUGUCUCUGCUUCCAUCUACGAGUCCACAUGUUCCUCUCUCAAGUUCACUGAUGUUGCAGGCACUCCCUAUUGGAUGGCUCCUGAGGUGAUCCAUUCCCACACGGGGUACAGUUUCAAGGCUGAUAUAUGGUCCUUUGGGAUAACAGCUUUGGAGCUUGCACAUGGAAGGCCUCCUCUCUCUCACCUCCCACCUUCCAAGUCCAUGAUGCUCAAGAUCACAAAACGCUUUCGUUUUUCUGAUUUUGACAAGUAUAGGAAGGGAAAUGGGAAGAAAUUCUCCAAGGCUUUCAAGGACAUGGUUGCUUCUUGCCUCGACCAAGACCCUUCUAAGAGACCUACUGCUGACAAGUUGCUCAAACACCCCUUCUUUAAGAACUGCAAGGGCUCUGAGUGUUUGGUGAAGAAUGUGCUCCAAGGGUUGCCCAGUGUGGAGAAGAGGUAUAAGGAGAGCAAGGUUUGUAGUGUGCAUGAAGAUGGGGAGAAAGGUGGUGAUAAUGAUGGUGAUGGUGAUGAUGAUGACCCUUCCGUGCAGGGGAAGCAGAGAAGGAUAAGUGGGUGGAACUUCAACGAAGAGGGGUUGGAGCUUGAGCCUGUGUUCCCGAAUGAUGAGGUUAAAGAGGUUCGGUUUGGAGGGGAAACGGUUGUCCAACAAACGGGGGAGCAUGUUGUGAACAGGGAAGGAAUGUUGGCGACUCUGAAUGUGUUGAAGGGGAGUUUGGAGCAAGAGCUGUGGCAAGUUAAGUUUCUGGUGAGCACGAUACAAGGAGAGGAGACUCAUCAUCAAGUUCAAGUGGUUGGUGGUGAUCAUAGCGAGGAGCAAGAAAUUUCUAGGCUGAGGGCUGAGUUGGAGAAUGAGAGGAGGAAGAACACGCAGUUGGAGUUGCAGCUCCACACCUGCAAGCUCCACCUUUCUUCUCUUAGUACUUCCAAGUAAAAUCUGAUUCAACUUCUCAACUUUUCUUAUGCUCGUGUACUUGUUCUUAUGUACUUGCUUGUUGCUCAUGCUAGGGUGGUACAAGAUUAUUUUAAGAAUUUUAAUAUUAUUCUUGCAAUAAAAUUUAUAUAGUAUUUUUUCUUUUUAUCA